AUGUCGUUUUUCGAGAGCCUCCGCGACAAGGCUGUCACAACCAUCUCGCUGCUAAUUGAGCGGAAAGACAGUGACGGCGUGUCGCCAGACGAGCUCUUUUGCCGUCAGCAUAGGCUUCCACUUGGAGAGAAGGUACUCAACCAAUCUGCCGUUGAAGUGGGGUAUCUGGCGGAUUCGACAAAAGCGGCCUACCGCACGAAUUCGUAUCCGCAGGGGAAAGUGUAUUUGACCCCCCAUUUUUUGGUUUUUCAAGAUAUAUAUGAUGGUAGAAGCUGCCUGUUCGUGCUCCAUCUCUCGGCUAUAAAGAAGGUCGAGAGACUUCCCGCAAGCUCGUAUGGCUUUGCGUUGGGCAUUCACACCCACUCUCAUAUUAACGUGAAAUUGUAUCUCGUAGGGCUACGCUCUGAAAGCGAGCUUUUCUCUUCGCAGCUCAUGGGUGCCCUUCAGUCCAACAAACCACAGGCCAAGAAUAUGGCUUUUUUUGUGCAGACAUGCUACUCAGAGUACUUAUUGGCGAAAAACCAUGUGCCCUCGGCAGAGACCGUAAACCAAGUUCCAGCCAGUGGAUUGGGACUAACGUUUGGAUAUCCCGGAAACCUGCGAGAGUUGCGCGACAGGUCCAAAAUGAAGCUCUGGUUUGACUUAUUCAGAGCAGAUGGCCGCAACUUGUCGCUUAUUAAAACCCCGACAUUUGCAAAGUUGGUGCGGGUGGGAUUACCAAAUCGUCUUCGUGGUGAGAUUUGGGAGCUCAAUUGUGGUUCCAUGUAUAUGCGUAUUGAUCACAAGGACGAAUACGAAAAACUAUUGACAGAUAACGAAAACAAACACUCGAUUGCCGUGGAGGAAAUAUCUAAAGAUUUGUAUAGAUCCUUGCCUGAGUAUGCAGCCUACCAAGAUCCAGAAGGAAUUGAGAGGUUGCGCCGAGUCCUUGUCGCAUACUCUUGGAAAAACCCAGAUAUAGGCUACUGCCAGGCUAUGAAUAUCGUCACCGCGGCCCUUUUGAUCUAUAUGUCAGAGGAGCAGGCCUUUUGGUGUUUGAACACGCUUUGCGAUCGAAUCAUUCCCGGCUAUUACUCCAAAACUAUGUAUGGUACCCUACUCGACCAGAGAGUAUUUGAGUCUCUUGUUGAGCAAACGAUGCCUGUGUUGUGGAAUCACAUUACCAAGCACGACAUCCAGCUCUCAGUCAUCUCCCUUCCAUGGUUCUUAUGCCUCUAUCUCACCUCGAUGCCUUUGAUUUUUGCUUUCAGAAUCUUAGAUGUAUUCUUCAUGGAAGGUCCAACCACCCUUUUUCGUGUGGCUCUAGCCAUUCUUAAAAUAAAUGGAGAGGAGCUUAUAAAAACAACAGAUGAUGGCACAUUUAUUCAGAUCCUCAAGAAGUACUUCACUUCGCUUGACCAGCGCUCUGAGCCCUCGUCUACGAAUCCAAAGAAUGCACAAAGGACAAAAUUCAUGGACUUGUUCCUGGUUGCGUUCAGGGAAUUCUCAGUCAUCACCGACGAAAUGGUUGAGAAGCAUCGAACAAAGCAUCGGAACACUGUUUUCGGAAAUAUAUCUCAGUUUGUGAAGCGCACUGAAUUGCGGAAUUUACCUAGAAUCGCAAAUCUUUCGAACGAUGAUGUGUCUUCUAUUUACGACAGGUUUUAUUCCAUUGUACGCCAACAAAUCACCGUGAGUGGAGGAUCGAGUUUUAUGGAAUUUGAGCUGUUCACAAUUUUCAUGAGCCAAAUAUGCGAUUUCAUAGAUCCGGAGCCAACAGAUGACAAUACUUUCCAGAAACAAGAGCGCUUCUUGAAAAGGCUAUUUGAGCACUGGUGCUCCGAGGAUAGCUCGAAGCUUUCCCUUAAAGAUUUGGUAAUUGGACUCAACAAACUCAUAGAACCUGAUUUGCUCACGUCAAUAUCCAAUUUUUUCGCCUUGUAUUGUGAAAAUGGGAAAGUUGAUCGCGAGGGUAUCCUUACAAUUUCAGAAGAUCUUCUAUUUAUCACUCUGCCUUGGGAAAUGGGCAAGUUGCAUGAUGCACUUACUGCUACGGCGAUUGAAAACGCAAUUGCUGACAAGAUAUGUGAACAACAAGAAGCAGUUGGUGUUUCGAACCAAGAUCCUAUUCCUAUACCGUCAAACAUUGACAUAGACAAGGAAAAAAUUGAAAGCAUGCAAAUUGAGCGUUAUUUAUCUGCAGCCAGCACGUUUAUCCAACGAGCUUUUGAAUAUGCGCAACCACACGAAGAGGACGUACUCAUCAGCGACUUACCCGUGGACCACAAAUUAUCUCACAAUGCAGCUUUGAAUCCUCGAUUGCCAGUGUUUCUCAAUCUCCCAACCUUCAGAAUGGUUAUACUUGCAGAUGAGACAUAUGAGCUUCUCUUCAGUUCGACCAUACGUGGUUCCAUUCAUAUUGAUACCCCUACGGAUGGAUUUGAUCCUAUGAGGAACCUAAGAGAUAUGUUCGAUGGGCUCUUGGCUGAUGGGCGAGAAGUAGCAAAGAAGGUCCGCCGCCGUAUGGACUCGGCAGCACAUCCAGGUCAAUUAUCUAGUGACAAUUCGUCUUUGAAAUCUCGAAAGAGCAGCAAAUCUCAUAUUGAAGAUGAUGAUGACAGAGAUGAUGACUUCAGCGCGAUAGAUAUUGACGAAAGCGAAAAGGAUUUCCUAUUUGCCGCAGAGGUGCAAGCACUAGCAGAUCCAGUCAGUUCAAAAACGGAUGAUAGCCGUCAUCUCCGCCAAUUUCAUGAUAUCAGAACCGAUACCCAACACUCCUCGAAAAAAGCCAAUGAUAACCUCAUUGACUUUGAUUGA